AUGCCAACCAAUAAAGAUGCAAGACCGUGGCAGCGACGCGCUUCUGCCCGCCGAGGCAGCGUGGGCUCUCUCGAGGCCAUCCUCGCUGAAGGCGUCGAGCCUGAUGCGGCGCUCCUUGUGGACGGUGCGUCCGUGCUGCACGUGGCCGUCGCGUCGGGCAACCUCGCAGCCGCACGGCUUCUGCUGGCGGCCGGCGCUGACAUCAAUCGACCCGACACGCGCCAGCAUUCGCCUCUCUAUCGCGCAGCGUUCCGUGGCGACGAGGCUAUGGUACGCCUCCUCCUCCAUUCCAAUGCCAACGUCGACCAGCCCACAAGUCUUGACGAGACGCCGCUCAUGGCAGCAGCGCAAGAGGGACACGUGGCGAUCGUCGCGCUGCUGCUGUCCAGCCAUGCACAGGUCGACGCAACCAACUGUUACGGCGAAACAGCGUUGUACUGGGCGGCCGCGCGGGGUCAUGCCGACGUUGCCGCCCUUUUGCUAAGCGCCAACGCCAGUGCGACCUUGCGCACGCCGAUGGGCCGGUCCCCGCUCCUCGUCGCCGUCCAAGGCAAGGCGUUGGACGUUGUCGAGCAUGUGCUGCUGCAUGGACCGCUCGACAGAGAAGAUGUGCGUGACGCUGCGCUGCUGGCGCUGCGAGAUCAUUCGGAUCCUGUGCUCGUGACGCGCCUCCUGCAUGCGACCGUUCGCCCGACGCACUGGGAAGCGGUUAAAGCGAUUCUGGUGACGCGCACUCAAAGUGACUCGAGCUUUGCAAAUGCGCUGUUGACCAUGCCGCCUACGCUCCACCUCUGCGACAAAAUGCUGCGUGCGCUGGCCAAGGAGGUCGUGGCGGCACGUCGUCGUCCUAGUGCAUAGGACGCAUCCGCCCAAGGAGCGAGUUCUGUGAGAUCAGGUCU